AUGUCAUUUAUCCAUGAUCCCAGACUCCUCUACAGCAUCAAUAACAUUCUUGCCUUCCAUAUCCAGAAUGGCGAAGAAACGGAGCUCACUCCAUCCGGUCCCCAGACACUCUCUCUAUUGAUGGUUCCCACUACCGCUUCGACUACUCAGACCGGAGGCACGGACGGACAAGUAGAGGAGGACUUUUAUCUUCACUUACACCUCCCACCUGAGUUGGAUGUUGCACUUCCUGCAACAACCCAGAUCUACCAUCAGCCGCCGAAUAGCUAUCUGAUUCCUCGUUGGGAUCUAGGACCCGAUGCGGGUGCGUUCAUUCGCAUUCAAUUUCCCGGAAUUGGGACCGGGCCCGAUAAGGUGACGCAGGAAGAUAUCGACACCUUCGAAACAAUUUUGGCACAAUGUACAGCAUUCCUCGAGCGAGCGCCUCCACCGAAGGAGCACGCUCCGUACAACCCGGCCAGCUAUGCUCCCGGGGAAGGCUACGUCUCCUCCGGGCAAGCUACCUCUAGCGAUGCACAUGGAAAGAUUGUUUUGGUUGACGAGGAGAAUGGCAGUGUUGUAGGGGAGAUGGAAGGAUACCAAGUAGUGGAGCAACCUGGUGUGAAGCCAGGCUCCAAGAGACCGGUGGAAAUUCAGCUCCCUGCCGAGGGAGAGGGAAACAAAAUCAGCGUCGGUAACGUGUCGGAAGAAUACUUGCAGGUGGCUCGUCACCCGGCAUAUAAGAACUCGACCCUUGUCCAGAAGUCUGCCAUGGCAUCCCGCUUGAUCGUGACAGGAUCAUCGUACAUUGGCAACGUCCUAACCAGUGGAGCUGAAAGCUUCACGAAGAAGACAAAACCCAAUCCCAAGCCAAUGACGUUUUCUGAGACCACCCACGCCCGAUUUCGAAAGAUUGGCACCCUCUCUCAUGGCGCGGCAGAUCUCUCCGCCAAAACCGUGGGUCAAGUUGGUAAAGUGGCACAGAAUUUUGGUGCCUCUCUGACCCGACGAGAGGGUAAACAGAAGGGUGUCGAUAAGUACGGAAACGGCAGUGAUUACAAGCCGGGGAUCUUGAACAAGUCCUUGAUCGCCUUCUCAACUCUGGCGGAUGGUAUCGAGCAGGGUGCCCGCAAUGUGCUGACGUCUGGCUCUGUCGCGGCCAGCACAAUGAUUGCACAUCGCUAUGGAGCGGAAGCCGGUGCCGUGGCCAGCAAUGUCACUGGCGGUAUUAAGAACGUCGGCCUGGUGUACAUUGACGCGUCCGGCGUGAGCCGCAAGGCUGUUCUCAAAUCCGUCGCGAAGGGAAUGGUCGUUGGACACAUGCGUGAUGGUAAACAAGUUGUCGUUGGUACGGGUGAUGGAGGCGAGGUGCCUCCCAGUGUAGGUGGCCCCAGCCAACCUAUGCUUGGCGGAAGAGACCCCGUCGCACGACGCCCGUCUCCCAGCCCUACACCACCUCCCGCUUAUGGGGCUUCGGGUACCAUUUCGUUAGGCGGAACGGCUAUGUCAGGAGGGAAGCGCUAG